GCAUAGCCCCGCCCCCACACGUGGGCUUGCCAGCGCAGAGGAUUGGAAAAGGACUGGUUCCUUUCCGCCAGAGUGACGGGAGCACAGGCUAACCGUAACAUCGCACACCAAAACUGAUGACCAAUGAGCUACGGCAGCGCAGAGUCUGGCGACCCAAUGGGGAUGAUGUGGGGGCAGGACCACUUUCAGGAGACAACAGGUGGAGAGAAGUUCAAGGAUCACUGCAGUCACCAAACCGGUAACAGGGAGGCUAACCAAAGGAGAGAGCAGCCCAGGCAGGGUGAGCUCCUGACUCACUACUGUAGCAGGAUGAAUGUGGGGGUGGCGCACAGCGAGGUGAACCCCAACACAAGGGUAAUGAACAGCCGAGGCAUCUGGCUAGCCUACGUCAUCCUGGUAGGGCUUCUGCAUGUGGUUCUACUCAGCAUCCCCUUCUUCAGCAUCCCAGUGGUCUGGACCUUGACCAACGUCAUCCAUAACCUGGCUAUGUAUGUUUUUCUGCACACUGUGAAGGGAACACCCUUUGAGACCCCAGACCAAGGCAAGGCCCGUCUCCUUACCCACUGGGAGCAGAUGGACUAUGGGCUCCAGUUCACCUCCUCUAGAAAGUUCCUCAGCAUUUCUCCUAUUGUGCUCUACCUCCUGGCCAGCUUCUACACCAAAUAUGAUGCUGCUCACUUUAUCAUCAAUACAGCUUCGCUACUCAGUGUCCUACUGCCUAAAUUACCCCAGUUCCAUGGUGUCCGUCUCUUUGGUAUCAAUAAGUACUAAGAUCUUGCCAUGAUCAUGAGGUGUAGGCAAAGGGCUGGUCUAUCCGGCUUCCCUUUAGCUGCUGAAGAUCUGAUGAUCAACUGACUUUUUUUUUUUUUUAAACCAAUCCCAGGCAUAUGAAUUGGGAUGGGGGUGGGGAAGUGACAAGUCCCCUUGUGCAAGGGCAGGUUCCUUAGAAUCAAGAAAGGUAGAUAGGAGUGAAACCUACUGUCCCUUCUGGUGCUAAAGUUUUUCUUCUUCAACUAUCUUUGCUAUGUAUUUCUUUGUAAUAAAAACUUAUUUUUCAAAUAUAAAUCUAGAGGAGUCAGCACUUGUAAGAGUUGAGGAAAGGGGAAAGGACCACAUUCAUCUAGUCUUCAAUUUAAAAUAAACCUCUUUCUAAUUGUAUUAUAUUGCAUGCCUCCUGGCAACUUUCUUAUCCCCACUCUCCAAUGAACCAAGAGCUAGUUAUCAGAGUUAAUUAUCACAUAUAGAAUAGGGUCAGGGCAAGUGGGCACACAAAAGAGGUAGGCAUAGCUUGCCAGUUAUAUUUAUAGAAAGGUAAAUCCCCUGGCUUUAAAUAGAUACGUACAUACAAAUAUGAACAAACUUAAAAAAAAAAACAACCCUUUGAUUACAUAGGGAUAGCUGGGGAUAACCCACCACCACCACCAAACUUGGAUUUUUUUUGUUUGUUUGUUUUUCUGCCUCCUUCCCAAUCAGGGCAUGGGGACUUGAGUCUGCUUAAAAAAAAAAAAAAUUUUUUUUUGUCAAAUCAGCCAUCCCUGCAGAAACAAGCCUGAGGUUAGGUAGGAUCCACAGAAUAAAAAGAGGCAGCAUUCCCAUUCCCUGAAUGGUCCUGGGCUUUUACCCACCCCUGAACAUAAAGGCUACCUGCCUCCUCUGCUGUCUCUUAACCUGGAGGAUAGAGGAGAGGGCCCAGAAACAAAGGCCUAAGUUCACAGCAGAAUGAGAGUCACCUUGGCCUUCAGAAGGAGGACAAUAUAAAAAUCCCCCCUGAAUGUUCUAUGUUCUGUCCCCCAUAAAACAUUCAUCAAUCCCAAUCCUAGACGUGGUCUAGGCCCAGGGCCCUUCUUUCCAACCACCCCACUAUUUCUUUGGUAUUGGCCUCUAACAAGGUUCAGUUCUUAAGUUCCCAGAGUGGGGAUUCAGUGGCUUCCCACAAGUCACUGAGUGAACAGUUAAUGCUUGAAACUUUUUAAAUAUUGAAAAUUAAAAACAAAACAAAACAAAUUCCAUCCUAUGCUGUACACAGCCCUUAUGACUCCCUGACACUGAGCUGAGGAAGGUGAAGAAGAAGAGACAGGGCAUCAGCGCUGGAAGGGCCUCCUCACUUUUUUUCGACGCUUCGGUUUGGCUUCUGAACCCUUGGGUGCUGUGGAACUGUCUGGCCUGGAAGGUGGGGUGGCCCCAGGCCCCCCAGAUUGAGAAGCUGCAAAGAAAUUUCCAUUGGGCAUCUGCCCUGGAGGAACCUGAAAGAUCCGGCUGAAGAAAUCCUGGAGGUCAGCAACUGAAGCAGGAGGGGCAUCCGGAGUGGCUCUACAGAAAAAUAAAUGUUGUGGUGAGGAGAUGAACACCCCUAAAGAUA